AUAAGGCAGCGUAAGUGCCCAAGGAGGUUUGUCUCCGAAUCCUCUGAUGAUGAUGAUUCUGCUCCAGUGGUAGCAGCAACCAAGAAGCAACCCAAGACUCUGACUGUGCCUGGAAGCCCUGUGUGUCAGCAGGACCCAAUGCCCCUACCACCACAAUGUAAGUGGUCAACACCAGCCGGGACUGGAGCCAGUCCUCACCACCCUAGCCCAAGUCCUGUUGACCCUGUUCAAGCCAGCAGCCGGGCACUACACCCAAUUCAGUCAGCCAGGCACCUCCAAGAAUCACUGGAAACCUCUUUUGACUCUGUUCAAGCCAGCAGCCGGGCGCUUCAUGACGGACAGGGUGUCUCGGCUAUCGCAGCCAUGUUUGAGAGAAUCACAGAGGCCCACAUGAGUCGCUUGAUGCGGAGGCUCCAGGCUAGGUUUGACAGGACCGAGGCUAGGUUUGACAAGAUCAAGUCAUUGGUGGAGACCAACGCCCCGACACACACGCCUCAACUCCAGCAAGAAGAUGUGGUGUUGGCUAAACCAUGCAGCAUGGUGAUGGAGCUGCUGGAGUUGGAUAGGAGUCUGGAACAACCAGACAAGAGGAACAAGAUGCAACAUUUUCUUGAAACUGUCAGAGGGGCAGGUUUAGGGGCAGCCAUUCACCGUAUGCUACGCCGAGUGGCAAAUAAUGAGGUACUCGCCCAGUACAGCUUGCGGGGCAGACGGGCCAAAAUGUCCUUUGAUGACCUCAUUCUGUGCAAGAUUAUAAAGGCUGCAUGUGUCAAAAAAUUUCCCGGCCAUAUGGAAGCUGAAGUGGAGGAAUGUCUUGGGCAGACUCUAAAAUUUGCACCACACAGACGAUCAGCUGGUCAGCAGCAACGGCCUUGUCCUCAGCUGAAUAUUCCUUCGAGGAAAGUUUGCAGGAGCUCCAACCUUAUUGGAGUGAAGUGA